AUGGCAUCCAAGGACCAUGGAGGCGGUGCUCCUCGGGAAGACGGAUCUGACGAGGACUGCGGCUGCGGGUCCUGGACGAUAGCUCUGCUCCUGUACACGUCCUUCUGGCUGGUCAUGGUGUACCUGCCGCCCAUGGAUUCCUUGCCCGGGAUCCGGGAGCUCGACGGCUCGCCGCCAUCCAACGACGACAAGCCCACCACGUGCUCCGUGGAGCUAGCCGGCGCCAGGGGGCUCGAGCCAGCGCUGGCUCCGGGCGCGACCUCGCCGGCAUUCGACCUCGUCGUGCACGUCGACAACGGCCGCGUCUAUGAGCUGUGCCAUGGCGGCGGCGACGUCGUCGUCUCCUACGCGGGCGUACCCCUCGCGCGCGGGCGCACGCCGAGCUUCCGGCUGCCGGCAAAGACUACGGGGCGGUGGGCGGUGAACGUGACGGGCGUGGGGCUGGGGAUCCCGGCGGAUUUGUCUCGCCUCAUGACGGCGGAGCGGAGAUGGGGGGUGGCCCAGCUGGAGAUCGACAUGGGCCUGGCCUGGCAGUCCUUCACGUGCGACGUUUUGGUUGACGGGCAACCCGGCGCAUCAGCGUGCAGGCUAGCUUAA